UGCUACCCCAGGACCUUUCCUCCUCUUGGAGACCUUGGCUUUUCAGAGAGAGGUGGGGGCUUUGGCAGGGGAAGUUUAGAGCUGAGGGAGCGGCAGAAGCACGUGGGCUGAGGGGGGUGGGAGGACGCAGACGGAGGAGUAACCGGUGGAAGUGUCCAAAGAGGAAGGAGCGGAGGGCUGCUGAGGUGACAGGGAGUGGUCGGUGGGGGAGCAGCCGAACCGCGAGAGGAGGGCCGAGAGGACCCACUCGGGACAGAGGCGGCUGUGGGGAGGUGCCUGCGUCGCUCGGUGCCGUGACAGCGAGGAGCGCGCCGCGGGGCCGGGGUGGCAAGGGGAGUUUCCGUCCUCGCUCAAGUGGAGCCCAGCUCGGAGCUGCGCCAGCGCCUUCCGCCUUGGCCCGCGGUGCCAGACACCUGCCGAGUCCGAAGCGGUUGUCCGGCUGAGCCUUCGGCCCCCAAGAUCACCAACCUGAGCAUAUGCCAGUUGACAUGGGAACACUGAGGCCAGCAAUUUAAGGAUUUUCACAUUUGCCUGCAGUGAAUGCAGAGUCCUGGAUCGCUCAGCCACAGAUUGACAGCCUGGAAUCCUAAGGAAGACCAAGACUCCUAACAAUUUUUGACGACACAAGCCAAUCUUCCCCAAGGUAGCUAAGUGGGAUUUCUGAGGAGGGGCUGCUCUGACUUCAUCUUGGCCCACCAUGAGGUUCUUCCUGCUUUGUGCCUACAUGCUGCUCCUGAUGAUUCGCCAGCUGAGGGCAGUCAGCUUUCCUGAAGAUGAUGAACCCCUCAAUACAGUUGAUUAUCACUAUUCAAGGCAAUAUCCGGUUUUUAGAGGACGCCCUUCGGGCAAUGAAUCCCAGCACAGGCUGGACUUUCAGCUGAUGUUGAAAAUUCGAGACACACUUUAUAUUGCUGGCAGGGAUCAAGUUUAUACAGUAAACUUGAAUGAAAUCCCCAAAACAGAAGUAAUACCGAGCAAGAAACUGACAUGGCGGUCAAGACAACAGGACCGAGAAAACUGUGCUAUGAAAGGCAAACAUAAAGAUGAAUGCCACAACUUUAUUAAAGUAUUUGUUCCAAGAAACGAUGAGAUGGUUUUUGUAUGUGGUACCAAUGCGUUUAAUCCCAUGUGUAGAUACUAUAGGUUGAAUACCUUAGAGUAUGACGGGGAGGAAAUUAGUGGCCUGGCAAGAUGCCCAUUUGAUGCCAGACAAACCAAUGUUGCCCUUUUUGCUGAUGGGAAGCUAUAUUCUGCCACAGUGGCUGACUUCUUGGCCAGCGAUGCUGUUAUUUAUCGAAGCAUGGGUGAUGGAUCUGCCCUUCGUACAAUAAAAUAUGAUUCCAAAUGGAUAAAAGAGCCACAUUUUCUUCAUGCCAUAGAAUAUGGAAACUUUGUCUAUUUCUUCUUUCGAGAAAUUGCCGUAGAACAUAAUAAUUUAGGCAAGGCUGUGUAUUCCCGUGUGGCCCGCAUCUGUAAAAAUGACAUGGGUGGCUCCCAGCGGGUCCUGGAGAAACACUGGACUUCAUUUCUGAAGGCUCGGCUUAACUGCUCUGUCCCCGGAGAUUCGUUUUUCUACUUUGAUGUUCUGCAGUCUAUUACAGACAUCAUACAAAUCAAUGGCAUCCCCACUGUGGUCGGGGUGUUCACCACACAGCUCAACAGCAUUCCUGGGUCUGCAGUGUGUGCAUUUAGCAUGGAUGACAUUGAAAAAGUAUUCAAAGGACGGUUUAAAGAACAGAAAACCCCAGAUUCUGUGUGGACAGCAGUCCCCGAAGACAAAGUACCGAAGCCAAGGCCUGGCUGUUGUGCAAAGCACGGCCUUGCCGAAGCUUAUAAAACCUCCAUCGAUUUCCCUGAUGAAACCCUGUCGUUCAUCAAAUCCCACCCGCUAAUGGACUCUGCCAUCCCACCCAUUGCCGACGAGCCCUGGUUCACAAAGACCCGGAUUAGGUACAGACUGACGGCCAUUGCCGUCGACCACACUGCUGGGCCCCACCAGAACUACACAGUCAUCUUUGUUGGCUCUGAAGCUGGCGUGGUGCUUAAAGUUUUGGCAAAGACCAGUCCUUUCUCUUUGAAUGACAGUGUAUUGCUGGAAGAGAUUGAAGCAUACAACCAUGCAAAGUGUAAUGCUGAGAAUGAGGAGGACAGAAAGGUCAUCUCAUUACAAUUGGAUAAAGACCAUCACGCUGUGUACGUGGCGUUCUCCAGCUGCGUUAUUCGCCUUCCCCUCAGUCGCUGUGAGCGUUACGGAUCCUGUAAAAAGUCUUGUGUUGCAUCUCGGGACCCGUACUGUGGCUGGUUAAGCCAGGGCACCUGUGGCAGAGUGACCCCAGGGACGCUGCUGUUAACCGAAGACUUCUUUGCUUUCCAUAACCACAGCGCUGGAGGUUACGAACAAGACGCAGAAUACGGCAACACGGCCCACCUAGGGGACUGCCAUGAAAUUUUGCCUACUUCAACUACACCAGAUUACAAAAUAUUUGGCGGUCCAACAUCUGACAUGGAGGUAUCUUCAUCAUCUGUUACCACAAUGGCAAGUAUCCCAGAAAUUACACCUAAAGUGAUUGAUACCUGGAGACCUAAACUGACGAGCUCCCGGAAAUUUGUAGUUCAAGAUGACCCAAACACUUCUGAUUUUACUGAUCCUUUAUCAGGUAUCCCAAAGGGUGUACGAUGGGAGGUCCAGUCAGGAGAGUCCAACCAGAUGGUCCACAUGAAUGUCCUCAUCACCUGUGUCUUUGCCGCUUUUGUUUUGGGUGCGUUCAUUGCAGGUGUGGCAGUAUACUGCUAUCGUGACCUGUUUGUUCGGAAAAACAGAAAGAUUCAUAAAGAUGCAGAAUCUGCCCAGUCGUGCACAGACUCCAGUGGAAGUUUUGCCAAACUGAAUGGUCUCUUUGACAGCCCGGUCAAGGAAUAUCAACAGAAUAUCGAUUCUCCCAAAUUGUACAGUAACCUGCUGACCAGUCGGAAAGAGUUGCCUCCCAGUGGAGAUACUAAAUCCAUGGUGAUGGACCAUCGGGGCCAACCUCCCGAACUGGCUGCUCUCCCCACGCCUGAGUCUACACCUGUGCUUCACCAGAAGACCCUGCAGGCCAUGAAGAGCCACUCAGACAAGGCCCAUGGCCAUGGGGCUUCAAGGAAAGAAACCCCACAGUUUUUCCCUUCUAGUCCACCACCCCAUUCCCCAUUAAGUCACGGGCAUAUCCCCAGUGCCAUUGUUCUUCCUAAUGCUACUCAUGACUACAACACGUCUUUCUCAAACUCCAAUGCUCACAAAGCUGAAAAGAAGCUUCAAAAUAUUGACCACCCACUUACAAAGUCAUCCAGUAAAAGAGAUCACCGGCGUUCUGUGGAUUCCAGAAAUACCCUCAAUGAUCUCCUGAAGCAUCUAAAUGACCCAAACAGCAACCCCAAAGCCAUCAUGGGAGAUAUCCAGAUGGCCCACCAGACCCUAAUGCUGGAUCCUGUGGGACCUAUGUCUGAGGUCCCACCCAAGGUCCCUAACCGGGAGGCAUCACUGUACUCUCCUCCUUCAACUCUCCCCAGAAAUAGCCCAACCAAGCGAGUGGACGUCCCCACCACUCCUGGAGUCCCAAUGACUUCUCUGGAAAGACAAAGGGGUUAUCACAAAAAUUCCUCCCAGAGGCACUCUAUAUCUGCAAUGCCUAAAAACUUAAACUCACCAAAUGGUGUUUUGUUAUCUAGACAGCCUAGUAUGAACCGUGGAGGGUACAUGCCCACCCCCACUGGGGCAAAGGUGGACUAUAUUCAGGGAACACCAGUGAGUGUUCAUCUGCAACCUUCCCUCUCCAGACAGAGCAGUUAUACCAGUAAUGGCACCCUUCCUAGGACGGGACUAAAGAGGACACCGUCCUUAAAACCUGAUGUGCCACCAAAGCCUUCCUUUGUUCCUCAAACCACGUCUGUCAGACCACUGAACAAAUACACUUACUAGGCUCAAGUGUGCUAUUCUCCGUGUGGCUUUAUCCUGUCCGUGUUGUUGAGAGGAUGAUGUUGUAAGGGUACCUUAAGAUGAGAGACUCCCUUGUAUUUUAAGAGAACUAAGUGGCCAAAGAAACUCUUUCUAACUUUGGCAACAUCAGAACUUGCCACAUGUAGCUACUACAGCAAAGCUUCUGUGUACUUGCCGGAAAACAAAGGAAGGUGCUGGUCAUUCCAUUUCUUUUGUUUGAAGCUAAAGAGAUGUGUAGCUCCCAGGGGCUACCCUACCAGCAGAGAAAGCUGAUACAGUACUCAGAAGAAUCUGUGAGCAAAUACUUGAAAAUGGGUUCAACUUAGACUACCGUUAUGUGUGGUCUUCCCAUUAAAUGUGAACAUUUUAAUUGUAUGCAUUCACCUUGCCUCUUGCACAAAUGUCAAAAAAUAAUGGUAAUGUCUCAAAGAAAUGAACUUGUAGAUUACCAAACGAUUUGCUGAAAAUUCAUUCUUUGACCCAAACUGUAGCAUUUUUUUCAAGUGUGGCAUUUUUUUCAUGCCACCAGUGAACUGCGGUGCGUGUGCGUGUGUGUGCGUGCGUGUGUGUGUGCAUUCGUGCAUAUGUGUGUGUGAGUGUGUGUGUGUGUGUUCUCUACCCACUAGGAUUUGUUUUGGUGCCCAUUGCAUCUUUCUGUGCUAUGGACUUGUUUACAUUGAGCAUGACUGAACAAGAGACAAUAUCUUCUUCCCACAGCAGUCCAUUGGGCGCAGCUUUGAGAAAAGAAACAAAUAAAAUCAAGGCUGAUUUGACCAUCAAAAUGAUUCACUUGACUCUCAUGGUCCCCAAUGCCAGAAUGUAAGAGUUCUAAGUAAUUUUGUGCUGCUAUUCAUUAAAACUUCUAUUACAGUCUUGCUAGCUUAAGGAGAUAGAGAUGUUAAGAGGUAUCCUUGAUUUAUCCACCAGUAUUCAGUAGUAAAAUUUACCUGUCCACUGUGAAUCCAAACCUGACUCACUGUAUUUAACCUUGGACACACUAAUAAGGUUUUAUUUUGAUGUUGUUUAGUUUCUCCUGUGUAGUAUAAUUUCUCUCCCUUUAACUCCUCCUACCCCCAAGAUAAAAGAACAAAACAAAACAGAAGACAAAAGAAGGAGAUGUGAAAGGAUUUCUAAUUGGCCUAACAGAGAGAGUCUCUGAAAACCGAACAGUGGUGCAAUCAUGUUGUCUAUGUUGUGUUAUAUGAGAAUUUUCUUUUAAGUCAUGCAGGUAAUGACAAUAUACUGUAAAUAUUACAUGUGAGUUUACCUGAAUCUGUG